AUGCAACUCACUUACAUCCUUCUCCCUCUCCUUCCCCUCCUCGCCUCCGCCCAAGAUAUCAACUCUCUCAUCGCCCAAGGCAAUAGCGCCGCCGUCAGUGCAUUCGAUAAUGGAGCCACCGAUGUAAACAGCGCCGUAGCACAAGCAACAAACGCAGCAGUCCAAGCUGCCUCCUCGGCCGGCUCUGCUAUUCCCACCGCUUCCGCCGCAUCCCUAGCCUCUUCUAUCGCCGCCGACGCGACUUCUCUUUACGGCUCAGCAUCCGACGCUGUCAACAGCGCCACGAGUGCCGCAGGAAGCGCUACUAGUGCUGCAGGCAGCGUGGCAAGCGCUGCUACCAACGCCGCAGGAAGUGCUACGAGCUCUGCGGGUGCUGCGGCCACGGGGGCUGCUGGGCAUGUGGGCGGUGUUGUUGCUGGUGUUGUUGGUGCUGUCGGAUUGAUCGCUGGAUUUGCUUAG